AUGGUAGCAGAACGAAAUGCUCUCCACCAUAGACCGAGAUUCGAAGCCUUCUUGCAUUCCUCCGACCCCUCCCUGCCGUCUCCGACCAACGCCUCGAACCACCAAGAUCCCAACAGCGACAUCAACAACAACAACAACAACGAUUACUCUACACGUCGUAGCAGUGCCUCGGCGACCAGCCCUGUGUACGACGCCAGUACAUAUGGUAGCAGCGCUGAGGCAUCUCCCUACGCCAUGUCCCCGUGGAACCAGGCGUCCGCGUCGCCAUACAACAAGUCCCCGUGGAUAACCCCGUCGCCCUUGAAUCCGCUCGAGGAGAACUUCCCUGUGAACGGACUCAUCGGGUCCUUAGUUCGGGAAGAAGGCCACAUAUACUCCCUGGCUGUCAAUGGAGACUUGCUCUACACCGGGUCGGAUAGCAAGAACAUCCGGGUCUGGAAGAACUUGAAGGAAUUCACGGGUUUCAAAUCCAAGAGCGGGUUGAUCAAAGCGAUUGUGAUAUCGGGUGAGAAGAUAUUUACGGGUCAUCAGGAUGGCAAGAUCCGAGUCUGGAAAGUGUCCACUAAAAACCCGAGUAAUCACAGACGGGUUGGCAGCUUGCCGACUUUGAAAGAUUUUAUUCGGAGCUCGAUGAACCCGAAGAACUAUGUGGAGGUCCGGCGGCAUAGAAAUGUCGUCCGGAUCAGACACUUCGACGCGGUGUCGUGCAUGAGCAUGAACGAAGAUCAAGGCCUUCUUUAUACUGGUUCGUGGGACAAGACUUUCAAGGUCUGGAGAAUUGCCGAUUCCAAGUGCUUGGAAUCGGUGGCGGCUCACGACGACGCUGUCAAUAGCGUCGUUGUGGGUUUCGAGUCGUUGGUGUUCACCGGGUCCGCGGACGGGACAGUGAAGGUUUGGAGGAGGGAGUUGCAAGGGAAAGGAACGACGCACGUGUUGGUUCAGACGUUGCUGAAGCAGGAGAACGCUGUGACGGCAUUGGCCAUGAACCAGGAAGCGGCGGUCGUCUACUGUGGGUCGUCGGAUGGGUUGGUGAAUUAUUGGGAUUGGGAGAAGCACUUGUCCCACGGUGGGGUUCUGCGCGGCCAUAAACUGGCCGUGCUGUGCUUGUCCACGGCUGGGAACUUGGUGUUCAGCGGAUCGGCGGACAAGAACAUCUGCGUGUGGAGAAGGGAGGAAGGCGGGGCACAUUCGUGUCUGUCUGUCUUGACGGGUCACACUGGACCCGUCAAGUGCUUGACAGUGGUGGAAGAUUACGGGACGGAGGAUAAGGUGGAUCAGCGGUGGGUGGUGUACAGCGGGAGCUUGGAUAGGUCGGUGAAGGUUUGGCGCGUGUCGGAGGACGCGCCGAACUUGAGUCAGAUUAUGGCGUUGGAGAAGGAUGCUUAUUCGGGCACCAGCAAUAACAACAAGACCACCCUAGUCACUAUUAAAAAAUUGGGAAAGCCUUGA